AACAAGGCGAAGCCCACACAGGCAGACGGCAGCAUCUCAGCGAGCAUCCGAAGCUAAAUGGUCUGAGGAGUGAUCCGCUGCUGCUUCCUGGGAGAAGAAGUAUGGAUACAUGGCCGCCGAGCUGGGAUUAGAGAUGUAGGAGCCAGGAUGCCGGCCAGCUUCAUCUCUCGUGUGCUCUUCUUCGUCUCGAUCUGCACGGCCAAAUCUCUUCCAGAUCAGGGAGCAUUUGAGGUGCAAAUAAAAGUCCAGGUGUUCGACAACAGCGAUCUGUCACCCCUGGCGGGCGCUCAGGUGGAAGUGCACGGAAACCAAACCAUCUUGGCGUCGAGCAGGGCUGGCAGCGAUGGCGUCCUGAGAGUCAGCUUCCUGUACCGCACCGGCACAUGGGUCAUCAUCACAGCCUCCAAACAAGACUACGUCACCAACUCCGUGCCUUGGCACUCCAGCCGCAUCCCCCUGUAUGCAUCAGUCAGCCUGUACCUCCUGGUCCAGAGGCCAGGAACACUUAUUCUGUACGAUGACGUCCUGCAGGUGCUGUCUGGGUCACCAGGAGGUCGUAACCAGCCGCUGGUGCAGCUCCAGAGGAAGUCCCUCCAGCUGCCGUCAGACUCCAACUACACAGCGCUGUCUGCUGCUCUGACCACAGCCAGGACUCAGUAUGAAAUCGGUGGCUUCCCGUUUCUGCUGGGCCAAGAGACCAACAGCUCAGGUGCAGAAACAGGAUGGACAGACUUAACAGCUUUGGCCUUGGUCAGCAUUCAUCUCUUUGACAAAGAUGGCCAUGAGAUCCAUGUCUCAGAUCCAAUCCACGUCUCUGUGCCGCUGCCGUCUGACACCCGCAACAGGAUGGCCACGAGCGUGCCUGCUUGGCUGUAUCAGCCGAAGACAGGACUGUGGGUUCGGAACGGGACGGGUUACAUCAAAAAGGACGGCCAACAGUUUGUGUGGAACGUUGUGGUUCCUCAGACGGGAUACUGGUUAGCAGCCUUCCCUUCAUCUUCAGGAAUGGGUUUGUCUCAUCCAGGCCUGAGGGACAUCACCACCUACCACACCCUGUUCCUGCUCUCCAUCCUGGGCUCGCUGGCCCUGCUGGUGCUCAUCCUGCUCUGUGUGCUGCUCUACUACUGCAGGUGUGGGGAGCGUAGGCGCAGGCGGAAGUGUUUAAAACCUCGUCGCCAGCAAGGGAAACCCCAUGCAGCGAAUCUAAACGGUGCAAAAAGAGACCAAGGAACAUCUACUUCACGUUUAAAUCUGAUCUGUGGAAGCCAUGUUGAGUCUGGCCCCUCUAAUGACAAAUCUGAAAUGUCCCCAUCUCGAGACUACCAGAGUUCAAGAGAGGACUUAACCAAGCAUGUUCCAGCUCACAUGCUGCGACACGCAAAGGGAAAAAAUGCUUCAGGUCCCCAACGAGGUGAAAGCUUCCCCAUGAAGGUUACUCGUGCCACAGAGACCAACAACCUGGACAACCCUUUGCUGCAUGAAGACUACAACCGGAGCUAUAGCCCCAUGGAGAGCAAGGAGUCUGAAUAUCACCGACACCACAACGCCAACGACAAUCGAGGUUACGCCUCUGAUCCCCCGUCCCCACCUCGCUUCCAAGGGUACGUGCCAAACCAGAGUGACAAACCCCCGGAAUAUUCGGCAGCAGCUGCAGACAGCCUUGCUAGACCCACGUCCCUUAACACGCAACCGGGCCAGAUCAUUUUCUGCAGCUCCAUCGACCAGAUGAAGGAGAACAUGUACCGGAGCAUGGUGCCAACCCUGGUCAUCCCUGCACACUACAUGCGCCUGCCCUCUGAGUUCUCCAAAGACGGCAAAGACCAGAAGGACCAAGACAAAGAUGGUGCACAGAUGGGAGGAGGGCAGCAGCACCAUCACCACCACUCCCAGAAACAGCAGCAGCAAGGUGGAUCCCAAGGUGACGACUCUGAAGACCCGAGCUGGGCGUCCGACUCCUCUGGUGGGCCUGUGACCAUCCCUGUGCUCUUCAAUGACUCCACCAUGGCUCAGAUGAAUGGAGAACUGCAGGCUCUGACUGAGAAGAAGCUUCUGGAGCUUGGUGUCAAGCAGCACCCAAGGGCAUGGUUCAUCUCCCUGGAUGGACGUAAUAACGCUCAUGUGCGCCACUCCUACAUAGAUGCUGGGAAUGACCUCGGUGGCGGCGGUGGUGGUGUUGCUGGAUUCUUAGGUGGCCCCAGCUGCGUUGUGCGUGACAUCAACUUUGAAACACCUUUGGAGUCCCAAGAACGGAAGUCAGCAAUGAACCGGAAGGGAAAAGACGAGCGCUGGGGGACUGGAGGAAGGAAGGGCCACGGUGUCAGCAGCAGUGGGGGGAAGUGUUACUCCAAGCUGGCGUAUCCCGAUCACAGCGAACCUAGCAGCAGCGAGGGACGCCCAGUGUCACCUGAGGAAAACUCCCUCACCCCUCUUCUGGAUGAAGGUCCGUCCUCCCGAGGGUCCACCAUCCCCAGGAGAGGACGCAGUCGCGUGAACAGCAGCCGCAGUAGCAACAGCGAGAACCGCCGCGACUCCAUGACAAGCCCCGAAGACGAUCCCGACGACAAAGACGAGAACAAGAAGAGCCCCUGGCAGAAGAUUGAAGACAGGCCUCUCAUGGUGUUCCACCCCAGGAAGUGAGCUGUUCAAGUUUGCUGACACUUUUAACAAUCUUCCCACAAGGGGGAAUCUUUCCACAAAAAACUUGGAACAGGAUGUUUUCACAGAGAGAGAUCAUAAAAAGCACAACCAUGCUUCACUGGUCCAUUUAAAGGUUGCUGUUUGUAUUUUUGCUGAGUGCUUUUGCACUUUCCGAUUGCUCUCUUAGUCUCACUGUCAGUUAAUCUCACUGGUUUCCACUGAGAUGAUCAAUCGUAUACUGAAAUGUAUCCAGUUUAUUGUGAAAUGUGUCACCUAUCACAUUACUGAAUCGUCGUCUGAGCCAUUGCAUAUACUGAUUGUGGAAAUAGCCAUUUUGUAGAGCAAAAUAUAAGAAUGAAGCACUUACUAAUUAUUUGAUAAAUUAGUGAUUGAAAGUAUUAGGAAGUGGAUGACAUUGUUAUGGUAUUGGUGGGUAAAAUAUAUUACCUUCACAAUACAAAUGCUCAUAUUGGAGGUGGAAGAUGUGCGCCUCUGUUUCCCUAACCUCCCCCCUGCCCUAAACUGUAAUACGUUUUCUUUAAAAGAAACAGCAUCCUAAUAUUUGAAUAUGUAGGGAAUCAAAGUCAAAGUGCGACUUGCAUUUUGCUCCUUCAGGGAAGUACUUGAUUUCCUCUUCCUCCUGUGUUGUGUUCAUAUCUACAAAUUACUUCUUUGGAUAAUAAUGAUUUUGAAAUGUUGAACAUCACGUUUGAGUCUUCAUGUCACCCUCUCUCGUUGAUUUAUUGCCAAAAUGUGGACUUUCUGCCUUUCUUCUCUUAGAUCAACAGAGAAUUCUUAGCGAUUUCUGCUGUGUAAAUAGAUUCCCAGACAUUUGAAAGAGCAUUUGGCUCCGAAAGUUGCAUGCAUAUGAAUGUAUGAAAUAAACAGAAGGCACCAAAAAGCCCCCCAUUGUUCCUCGGGCUCCUGCAUAGACAACCCCUAUUUGCCAAGAAUCGUGUGUGCUAAACAGCAUAAACAUCACUUUACUUGAAGUCUUACCUAUUUAAUAUUCCACUAAGAUCUACAGGGGUAGUUUUCAGACAGGGCCUGUACCACUUUUCUCCUGUAAGUGCCUUCUUUCACAUAGGAUCGAGUGAUAGGCAUGCAGGUCCCGUUUCAAAAUGCAGUUAGUAGUCAUCACCAGGCACUAUUAAGCACACUGCAUUGUGGUAACAACAACACGCGUCACUUUGGGGAGCAUGCCUGCCAAAACUAACUACUACGUCCUUUUAAUAUCUUAAUUUCUUUUAUCUAUCCUCUUUUUCACCAAACUUGUAAAUGGUAUGAACUAUAUGAGAUUUUAUGUCUAUACGAUGUGCAUGUAACAUGUAGAAUAGGGUGUUUUUAAUGAAACCUUUUUUUCGGAUAUCGAUCCAGGCUGUUUGGCACAGAAAUGUGAUGCACUGACGCAUUGAAACAUGUUGCCAAAAAUGAACUUGAUUAUAUGAAGAAACACUGACUUCUCCCUUGAUCCAGUUCUAACAAAAAUUCACUUCCGGUCGUAAAUGUUUACAACAUACUGACAACACGCGCCCGCUAAUAUUAGCAUCACCACUGCCUACGAAGCAUCAACAACUGUGAACUUAAUUAUAUCAUCUAGCACAUGAAAGCUCACCAGUUUAGAAGACUUGAAGAUGUUUUUUGUUUUGUUUUAUAUUUUGAUUAUGAAGUAUAGGCUGUUCAAAGGUCACGCUGACUUGUUGGUCCUUUUUCCCACAUUUGCUUGCUGUUCAUAAGCCUGUGUCAGUAGCCUACAGUACAAACUGAAAAUGUGAUGUAAUUCAAAGUCUGAAGAAAACCCAUGAAGCCAUGAAAUGAUUCCUACUGAAUUGUCGUGUCCACUGCUGUAAAUGUACAUUUUUGGGGGGGACCAGCUGUGGAUUUUUUAUUAUGAGUUGUGCAAUUGUGGCUUCCUUUUUUUGUUUUUUCAUCAUGACAUAAUCUGAUUUGUCAGUGGAUUUUUGUGACCUUGUGUUUUUGGCUGAAUCCACAUUAAACCUGUUAUUGAACCAUUUGGUUGGGUUUGUGAUAGUACACAUACUCAUGAGGGUGAGGAGGAUUGGACUGUAGGCCUCCAUCCUGUGCAGUACAUCAUAUGCUUCAUAAACCUGGUCAGUUGUUUGUAAACUGUAAAUUGGUUAUUUCUGUACAUGAGACAAAAUGAAAAAUAAAUUUGUUCCCACAGUCA